AGAGGGUUCAUAAUAAGAUACGAAAACAAUAUAAAAAACAGUUACAACAAAAACUAACUGUUUGUUUUAGAUUAAAGAUGUCUCAUGCGAGAGACCCUCUUGUUGUAGGGAGAGUUGUACCUGACGUUCUUGAACUUUUCACGAGAUCGAUCUCUCUAAGGGUUACUUAUGGUCAAAGAGAGGUGACUAAUGGCUUGGAUCUAAGGCCUUCACAAGUUCUCAACAAGCCAAGGGUUGAUAUUGGUGGAGAAGACCUCAGGAACUUCUACACUUUGGUUAUGGUGGAUCCAGAUGUUCCAAGUCCUAGCAACCCUCACCUCCGAGAAUAUCUCCAUUGGUUGGUGACUGAUAUCCCUGCGACAACGGGAACAAACUUUGGCAAUGAGAUUGUGUCGUACGAAAGUCCAAGGCCAACCUCAGGAAUUCAUCGUAUCGUGCUGGUAUUGUUCCGACAGCUCGGAAGGCAAACAGUGUAUGAACCAGGGUGGCGCCAAAACUUCAACACUCGUGAGUUUGCUGCGAUAUACAAUCUUGGCCUUCCCGUGGCUGCGGUUUUCUUCAAUUGUCAGAGGGAGAGUGGCUGCGGAGGACGAAGAAGUUAGAUGGUUUCAUCAAUUGAUAUUGCAUACUCUUGUGAGAUUGGUGCAUCUAUAGCAUUAAAAUAACCAAUUUCUAAUCCGAGUAACGAACGGUGAUGAUUACUAUAGUAGCUGAAAGUAUGUAUUGAAUAAACGAGAGAGGGAGGAAUAUGACUGUGUUUUUAUUAUAUGGUGUGUGAUGCAAUAUAUUUAUAUCAUUCUGCAUGAAAUAUAUUUUUAUAUAGCUACG